CACAGGGAAACAAAGUCGUUUAUUAAAGAAGCAACUUCCCUUGCAAGUUGUAACAGAAAACUUAAAUUUUAAAUGGAGAGGUUAAGAAAAUGGGAUAAAGUACUGAAGACCUUCCAUUCAUAGCAAACCACCCAUUGAAGCCCUUCUUCUACUGCUCAUUUGGACUAUUUUCCAACUGAAGGAGGGCUCCUACCACUGAUCCUUGAUUUCUUGAAGCUUCUUCAUGGCCAGUAACGGUGCAAAGGAGCCAUUGUUGUCAUGGUCACCGGAUCCUGCAGCUCAAAAGGUUACAAGGCAGUUAAGAAAAAGAAGAUAUCUCCGUUCAAGAACUGCUGCUCCUUUUGCUGAUCUUGCUCCUCCUGAGACAAAUGGAACUGGAUCAAUUCAACUUUCCAAGUCUAUUUUUGGGAAGUUGAGUCCAAGCUUUAGACAAGUGGCCAUAUACUUUGCAGUGUAUAUAGGUGUAGGAGCUGUGAUCUUCUACCUUGUGAGGAAUCAGAUCAAGGGGCACAAAACAGAUGGUGUUCUUGAUGCUUUAUACUUCACAAUUGUGACAAUGACCACAGUUGGAUAUGGAGACCUUGUGCCCAAUAGUACCCUCACAAAACUACUUGCCUGCGCUUUCGUUUUCACCGGAAUGUCAUUGGUUGGACUAAUCCUAACCAAAGCAGGAGAUUACUUGGUUGAGAAACAGGAAGCUUUGCUACUCAAAGCUAUGACCAUAGGCCAAAAAGUUGGUCCAACCGAAAUUUUAAAGGAAGUUAAGAACCAUAAAAUCAGAUUAAAAUUUUUUCUGGUCUUUUUCCUUCUCCUGUUUCUCAUUGCUAUAGGGACAGCAUUCUUGGUCAGUGUUGAAAAAUUGGAUGUUAUUGAUGCCUUCUACUGCGUUUGCUCGACUUUUACAACCCUGGGGUAUGGUGACAGAAGCUUCUCAACUCAAACAGGAAGAAUAUUUGCAGUGUUUUGGAUAUUGGCAGGGACUAUUUGCUUAGCUCAGCUUUUCCUCUGCAUUGCUGAGAUGAACACUGAGAGCAAACAGAAGGCAAUUGUCAAAUGGGUUCUUACACGAAAGAUGACCAAUUUGGAUUUGGAGGCAGCAGAUCUUGAUGAGGAUGGAAGUGUUGGGGCUGCUGAAUUCAUUAUUUAUAAGCUCAAAGAAAUGGGGAAGAUUAGUCAAGAAGAUAUUUCAGUUAUUCUGCAGGAGUUUGAAGAGCUUGAUGUUGAUCAAUCUGGUUCACUGUCAAUUUCUGAUUUGACACUUUCUCAGUCAUCUUAGAUAGGCUAACACAUUAUAUAAAUCUAGUUGUUGUAGAGAGGUUGGAAGUAUUUACUUCCAUGACCAAAUACACACCAGAGUUUUAUUGACUUGGAAAGUCUGAAAUAUGGUAGGCAUUCAUUGAUUGGGUUCAGACUUUAAUUUGGUUCAUAAAUACCAAUUACAUGCAGUUUGUUGCAUUCAAGAAGGGUAAGGGGAGAGUUUACACUUUACAACAUGUUAGACCAACAUAGUGUUUGCACCUUAUCUGGUAGGUUUGGUAUGGAAGCAUUAUCUCCUUCCUACCAUAUAUAUGAUUAAAGUAGAUAUAGUGCAAAUUCUUAUACUUCUGAUUCAGAAUCAAUUAUUAGAAAUGUUUCUAUGAGUA